AUGGCAGUCGCUCGGAAGGCAGCCUUUGCAACAGCGGCUCUUGGUUUGGUUUGCGUGAUCCUCCUUCCACGAGGAAGCUCCAUUGAGCUGCUGACGGGUAGGGGUCAAAACGGGUUGGCGUCAAGUUUUGUUAAUAAGGUCUAUCAAGAAGAUGAAAAGGCUGGAAGGAGAUUCCUACAGGAGAACAAAGACAAGCUUCAUGCAGCUGGGUUAGAUGACAUUCUUCGUGAUCCGUCCAUGAAAGAGUACCUCUCGGUCGCUCUGGGCUCGAAGAAGUUCCAGCUGAAUGUCCCUAAUCAGGAGCUGAAACUACAGGGAUCCAAUUCAGCCGCCGCCAAACCGGCAGAUGCUCGCGCACCUCAUCACGCAGUGCAGCAGGUUCACGCUAGAGUUGGGCAGCAGAGCAAAGGAGGCAAGCCCGCAGCGAGCUCUCCACGUCUGUCCCGAACGUCAACAGCUCCUUCGUUCUAUGCAGCCCCAGUGCAGUCGAACGGGCUGAACGUGGUUUACGAUCAGUUUGCUCCUGGGAUCCUUCAUGGGACCCAGCGGCAUCAUGUCAAGGCAGUCAACAAGGCAAGACAACCUGUCGCGCGUGCAACGGCAAAGGGAAACCCGUUGUCUGCUGCCGAUGAUUCGCACCUCUUCGAUGACAACUUUCAAGAAUCCACCAGCAAAGUUGGUAAGCUCUCUCAACAGAUCGAGGAGUUGAAGAGAGAGAUAAAGGAGGAGAGGGAGAAGAAUAAGGAGCUGAACAUGAAGGUACACUCCCCUGGUCCCGCCCAACAUGACCAAGGAAGGCAGGCGGAGCGACAGGAACAGCCGGCAGAAGCAAGCAAGCAGCCACCAGCCAAGCAGGACAACCGCAAAGACAAUGCCGAUGCUAAGAAGAGCAUGUAUGACAAGAUGCUGUCGGAUGAGAUGGAGAAGGCGUCUCGGCUCGAAAAAGAAAACGAAUUUCAUGCCAACUUCAUCCUCAACGGCGGGCAUUAUGUUAUGGACAAAAGUCGUCAGAAGAAUAUGCUUGCCGCUACCCAUCACCGAUCUGGGAAGAGAUCUGAGGAUUGGCGCAAACUAGCCAGGAUCAGCAAGGAGCUUGCGAAGAAGGAAAUGGAGCUGCAAAAGGCCAAGCAGGUAUCGCGCGACUUAGCGGCUGAGAGCAGGCAGACGAGGUACGUCUCGAAGGCACGGGAUACCACAGCCCCCUUCUUGUGUGGCCUUCCGCUGCUCUCCGAGCUCUCGUCCGCCAACUGCCGGUCAGUGGAUCAUGUACAGAUCGAAUCUCAUCAGAACAGCAUCCUCGAGGGCUUGAAGAGACUGGGCUUGGGCGACGACGAGAUCAGGAUGCCCUCGGGGCAAGUGAGAGGAGGAGCUGCCGGCAUCCCCAAGAGGAGGUUCGGCAAGCUGUGGACACCGACCCAUCCCUACGACAAGCAGACCGCUGUCGAGGCUCUCGGCUUCUCUGACCCCCAGCAGUACGAGCGGCACGCGCUUCUCAACACCAUCGCCAAGGAGGAGGACACGAUCCAUGCUCUCAAGGCAGAGCUCGAUCGGAGGACGGGAGGAGUGGCGCAUCACAGUCAUGCACGGGAGUCUAGGGAGCUUCCCGUCUAUCAUCAGCUGUCUGACUCGUACAGCUCGGUGGGCAGAGGGCACAGCAAGAAGCAGUCAAACUUGGCGAUGGAAGUGAUGAGAGAAGCUUUGAAGUCGGACCUGUCGCGGGUAGGCGACAGACAGGUUCCGAUGUCGGAGGGAAACCACAACAUCGAUCUUGAACUUCUGAUGCAAGAGCAGGCAAGGUACUUUCCCGACGGACUCAGCGUGUGA